GAUGCGUGAUAACCAGUAAUAGAGUGUUUGACGGAUUUAUGCGCACGUAGCGGGACACAGUGACCCUGAAGUCCUUCGGGGAGAUUUUAUUUCUCUUUUUGGGUUGUUUCGGGUUGUUUCUGUGGCUGAUGGGGGCCGCGGACAGCAAGAGCAGAUCUGUGUCGUACGGACUCGAUGAACAGGACAAUGUCACGGUCAUCCACGGGGUCAAGUUGUCUGGUGAUGUUCUUCAGCGGAUGCGGGAGUCUGGACCAUCAUCAUCAUCAUCAUCAUCAUCACCCGGAGCAGAGAGUGCCAAACCUGCACCAGGUACGCUGUUUCUGCUCCUCUCCUCAGCAGCACUCGGUUACACCUCUCAAUCACAUCUCUGUGAUAUGCUGAUAUUUCAAGGGCCGUCCAGAUCAGCUGCAGAGACACAGGAGGAGCUCAGAAGACGGUUCGAGCGUGAGCAGGCUCUGGUCCAGGAAGAGUUGGCCCGGAUCAGCCGUAGAGAGAGAGAGAUGGCAGGAGAUGAUAUGAACCCAGCGGGGCUGCGAGAGACAGCAAAGACACGGCAGGAACUAGACAAAACACACAACCUGCCGGAUGCGUUGAGUGUUCGGGCCCGACAGCUGAAGAAGAAAGAAGAUGAACUGAAACAUCUGGAGCAGUUUUACAAGGAGCAGCUACAACUGAUGGAGAAGAAGAACGCUGAAUUCUAUCGACAGACUGCACACAUGUACGAGCAGCAGGCGCUUGAAGCAGAGGCCACUGUUAAGCCUCGUCAGGUGAGUCCCGUCUGCUCUGAGCUGCAGUUGCAGGUGUUGAGCUGCUACAGACUGAACCCACAGCAGACGCUGCGCUGCUCACAGCUGGCCAAAGACUACAUCAACUGUAUCAACACCUCCAAGAAGAACUUGCUGGUGAACCACGGAUGAAGAUGAUGAUGGUGGGUGCUGAAGAAGAGGAGCAGCGUUAGAGGAUGAUUGUGUGUUUGUGUGUGUGUGUGUGUGUGUGUGUGUGUGUGUGUGUGUGUGUGUGUGUGUGUGUGUGUGUUGAGCUGAUCUUCAUUUACUGUGAGCAAAUAAAGUCUCGUCAGCAGCUGUUUCUCUCUUCAGUCUCUCAUUACUCUGUCAGCUGUCCCAACAGUGACUGUGAAGAGUUGUUCUUCAGUCUGAAACUCUGUUUUCUGAUGAUCUGCACUAAUAAAUAUGAUUAAACUCAACCAUUAUGGAGAUAAUAAA